GUGCGCCGCUGCCUGAUUCUUCCGCAGCCAUUGGAGGGGAAGAUGGCGGCGUCCAGGAGCGUGGAAGAGAUGCGGAGCCGGGUGGUCCUGGGCGAGUUUGGCGUCCGCAACGUCCACACAACAGACUUUCCUGGGAAUUACUCUGGAUAUGAUGAUGCCUGGGACAAGGAGAAGUUUGAAAAGAACUUCAGAGUAGAUGUGACGCACAUGGACGAAAGCACUCUGGAAUUUGACAUGGUGGGGAUUGAUGCUGCCAUUGCUAAUGCCUUCCGACGCAUCUUGCUUGCUGAGGUGCCAACCAUGGCCAUAGAGAAGGUCUUUGUGUACAAUAACACCUCCAUUGUGCAGGAUGAAAUUCUAGCUCAUCGUUUGGGACUGAUCCCUAUCUGUGCAGAUCCUCGUCUCUUUGAAUACAAGAGUGAAGAAGACGAAUGUGAUGAAAUUAACACUCUGCAAUUCCAGUUGAAAAUAAAGUGCUGCAGGAAUCCUCAGGCAGCCAAGGAAUCGUCUGACCCUAACGAACUGUAUAUCAACCAUAAAGUUUACAGCAAGCACAUGGAAUGGGUGCCACUGGGCUCUCAAGCCGACAACAUGAAUGCCAAGUUCCGUCCUGUACAUGAUGACAUCCUCAUUGCCCAGCUGCGGCCCGGCCAAGAGAUUGAUGUACUUAUGCACUGUGUCAAAGGCAUUGGUAAAGACCAUGCAAAGUUUUCUCCAGUGGCUACAGCCAGUUACCGGCUUUUGCCAGAAAUCACUCUACUACAGCCUAUCGAAGGAGAAGCAGCUGAGAGGCUGAAGAACUGCUUUUCUGCUGGGGUUAUUGAGGUCCAGGAAAUCAAAGGGCAAAAAGUGGCAAGAGUGGCUAACGCUAGAUUGGACACAUUUAGUAGAGAAAUUUUUCGUCACAAUGACCUGAAAAACCUUGUGCGCUUGGCUCGGGUGCGAGAUCACUAUAUCUUUUCUGUUGAGUCAACAGGUGUCUUGCCUCCAGAUGUGCUGAUGAGUGAAGCAAUCAAGGUAUUGAUAGGAAAGUGUCAGCAGUUCCUGGAGGAGCUUAAAUUCAUCCAAAAGAAAUAAGUUUUCCUUUCUGAAAAGUUCAGCAUAAGGAUUCACUUGGUUGGGAUCACUGCAGCUGUGUCAUGAAGGAGGGCGUCAACCAAGUCUGGGUCAAUAGACAAGGAGAAAUGGACCCUCUACCACAGAUGUGAAAGACUGAAGCAAGUGGCUGCGUACCUUUUACUUUUGUGGCACUCAAUUUGAGAUGUGGCUGAAAAGGCAGGGAUAUGUGAUGCCACUAUUGCAAAGACCAAAUUUGCCAGAUAUAUCAUAAGUGGAUAAAAAAUAUCCUGCAAGCAGAAGAUGGGUAGGCUCCAGCAAUUGCAAUAUCUUCUAAGUUGCUUUUU